AUGGGGGUGGGGGGCCGAAAUAAAAGUGCGGGCGGUAGCGCAUAGGCAUUAUUAGCAUUGAGGCCCCAGAGAAAUCAGAGAAAGCGAGGAAAUCUCGUGAGAUCAAGGAAGUCGAGGAAUGACGGGGAAGAUUCUCGCGACAAUUAGCUUUAGUAUUUGAAGGACGAGGGAAGUGAAAAAGCUCUCGCGAGACUUGAAUGAACCUGAGGUAGCGGCGGCGGCGCCAGCAGCCCUGGGAGGGAGUAGAGGACUCCGUCCUCCCCAACCUGCGGCUGCUGCGGCUACCAUGCGCCCUGAGGUCUUCCCGUUCCCUGCGCUUAUGGUCACUGUGCUAUGGGGAAUCACCCCCACUUGGGGGCUCAUCCGAGCCACCAACAACCAAAAUGCCAGCAUGAACUUUGAAGACCUUCCUGCCCUUUUUGGGGCUUCCCUGAGCCAAGAGGGGCUCCAGGGGUUCCUAGUGGAAGCUCACCCUGCCAAUGCCUGUAGUCCUAUAAACCCUCCACCUCUUGCUCCUGCCAAUGGUUCUGCCUUUAUUGCCCUGCUUCGGAGAUAUGACUGCAACUUUGAUCUCAAGGUUCUAAAUGCUCAGAAGGCUGGGUACAGGGCAGCUGUGGUCUACAACGUGAAUUCCAAUGAACUUUUGAACAUGGUGUGGAACAGUGAGGAAAUUCAGCAGCAGAUCUGGAUCCCAUCAGUGUUUGUGGGAGAGACAAGCUCAGAGUAUCUUCGCUCCCUCUUUGUCUACGACAAGGGGGCCCAAGUCUUGCUGGUCCCAGACAACACCUUCCCUUUAGGCUAUUACCUCAUCCCCUUCACUGGGGUUGUGGGCCUGCUGGUUCUGGCCAUGGGAGCUGUGCUGGUAGUGUCUCUCCUCUCCCCCUGCCAGGUAGUUCGAUGUAUACAGCACCGGAAGCGGCUCCAAAGGAACCGACUGAGUAAAGAACAGCUGAAACAGAUUCCCACACAUAACUAUCAGAAGGGUGAUGAAUAUGAUGUCUGUGCCAUCUGCCUGGAAGAAUAUGAGGAUGGGGAUAAGCUGAGGAUACUACCAUGUGCUCAUGCCUAUCACAGCCAUUGUGUGGAUCCCUGGCUCACCCAAACCCGGAAGACUUGUCCAAUCUGCAAGCAGCCAGUUCACCAAGAACCUGGGGAAGAGGAGGAAGAGCAGGAAGCAGAGGAGGAUGGGGACAGUGGAAACCCAGUCUCUGAGCGGACCCCCCUUCUAGGCCCUUCUGCCACCCUACCCCCCUCCUUUGGUGCCCUCUCCCCUACCCUUCCUGAAGAACCUCCUACCUCUUCAGCCCCCUCAGCUCUCCUUGUCUAACCUAAAUUUGCACCUUCCUCCUUUGAGGAUUUCCUAGGCUUAGGUCAGGCCCUUCCCCUUCUAUAUCUAAAAGAUUUUCACUGUUGGGUUAAAUAAAAUUACUGUUUCUGGACCAGGGGUGGGGUCUUUCUCAGGACCCCUUCCCCCACAAACACCCUUAA